AGAGGUGUAAAGAUUUAGAAUGUUCUCGAUAGUAGCAUAUUGAUUGCAGUCUGCAAGCUUCAUUAAUUAGUAGACUAUUAGCAUAACGUUCCGGUUAAAGAGGGGCUCCGAAGAUCUAUAAGAACGUCUUCCGAUGGGCCAUGGGGGUCUGAUUUGUAAUGAAGCUAAUCGUUUGUUCUGUAUCAAAAAGGCCGUUCUUAUAUGGAACGUAUAAAUCCGGAACGGGACCGAUAUGGUUGGAUGAUAUGCGGUGUCAUGGUAAUGAAGAUGAUAUUAGACAGUGUUACUUCAAGCCUUGGGGAAAGAACGGAUGUCGCCAUUCUAGCGAUGCAGGACUGUCAUGUAGAAAAGGUCCUGAGACAGGAAUUACAGAGGAAAUACGAUUAGUACAGGGAGAAAACCCGUGGACCGGGCGUGUGGAGAUUAGACACAAUGGAAUUUGGGGAACGAUAUGCGAUUCUGACUUCGAUGAAAAAGAGGCUGAGGUCAUUUGCAGAAUGCUGGGAUACAAUAAUGGAGGAUGCUCUCUCAACUUUCAGAGGCACAAACAACAACGCGACUUCUCGUUUGAUCUUCUGUCCAUUUUCAGAGUAGAAAAGGUCACCAAAUAUGGCCUAGGUGCUGGGAUAAUCUGGCUACCAGAGAUCCAAUGUACCGGUCAGGAGGACGACAUUGAUGACUGUCGGUCGUUUGGCUAUGGAUACGAUCUUAAGUGUAGACACACCCAGGACGCUGCUGUCAGUUGUGGCAAUGGGACGUUAUCAAAUAUUACAGAUGUUCGUUUAAGGGGAGGGAGCUCUCGAUGGGACGGUCGUGUGGAAAUUUUACACCGAGGCGAGUGGGGAACCAUCUGUGAUGAUGACUCAUUCGAUGAAAAUGCAGUCAAAGUGGUCUGUAGAAUGAAAGGGUUUGAUUACGGAGGAAUCGUCAUUAGAAACAGCGCCUUUGGUAAUAGCCCCUUACGAUCGUGGAUUAGCAAUCUACGUUGUAACGGAAAUGAAAGCGACAUCAGACAGUGUGCUUCAGAUACCUGGGGUAGAAACAAUUGUAGUUGGCAUGACAAUGUAGGAAUAUCAUGUCUGACUGAUGCUGCUGGAAUUUUUACAAAGUGGUUAGCAAAAUGGACUAGCUUAGAAUCGGGCUGCAGUCAGGUGACCUGGAAUGUCCACUUAUACCUCCCACCAUUGUGGAAUUCUUAUCUCGAUUUUCACCCAGCUGAUGUUUAUCUUGGAUACGAGAACUGUACAGGGAGAGUGUCAGGGGUCCGUAUUCACUUCCUCCAGGAAUUCGGUGAAUGUGGAACAACGGUAAAAGUUACAGAUAACAGCAUUGAAUACCACAAUACCAUAUACUAUGCUGUUACGGCCAGCAAUCCUGGGAGUCCUGGAAGAGAGAUCCGUCAACAGUAUCCGGUCACGUGCCGAACUCCAAGAACGUUCUCUACUAGAUACUAUUAUGUGCACGAGAACAGCAAUGGUUUCAAAGGCAUACCUUACCCAGAAGUUCCUAAACGGAAAGAUCUUUUGCCAACAGUUGCAAUCAGAUUUUACACGGAUGCCAACUUUACUCAUGAAAAACCUGAAUACGGUUCAAAUGUAGGGGAAGCCGUUUAUGUCAAGUCAUUUAGCUACCUCACCAGCGCGGAUCUCAGAGUGAAAAUGACGGAUUGUAUGCUUGCACCCUCGCCAAAUACAUUGCCCAGAGAUAUGUAUACUAUUAUCAAAAACGGAUGUGUGGUGGAUCCUAACGCUGGUGUGGUAUCUCAGGAGCGCACAGAAAGCAGAUGGUACUUCCAAGAUGUUCAAUAUCCCAGUGUCCGUAUGGUGAUAUACGUCACGUGUUUCUACGCCGUUUGUUCAGUGCAUCAGAAUGACAGCAAAUGUGAUUUACUGUGCAAUAACACGAUUGCUGACAUUAAUGCACAUGACUUUCCUUCUGUCGGGCGUAUAGUCGAACCUCAACUGCAGUUGGACGUGAAGACCCAGUCUGGUGUUGAAAAUGAAAAGAAUCCCGGGGCUACGAGUAUAGCAGUAAUGUGUUCCGUGUUCCUGUUCACUGCGUUUCUUGUAGUUAUGUUUAUGUACUUCCGGAAACGGAAAGGUUAAAUACAUAGGAAAGCAAAAAGUUAAAAAGUGAUCCAUUGAUUGCUGACAUUCCGGAAAUUCCUAGGAUAUUGAUUGUCAAUAAAGUUGGUGUUGUUUUGUGUUAA